AUGGCCCUGAACCCAUCCGACGGCUUCGCCGCUGGCAACGGGGUGCUCGAUCUCGAUGACACCGCAUUGCCCAUGUUCGUCGUUGAACGAGUCCAGCUGCAGUUCUCGAUCGCCGCCGACUUCGUUGCUGCCCAGGUCGCGAACAAUGUGCUCGUUCUCGCGCUCUCCAAUGGUCGCAUUCUGCGCAUUGAUCUGAACAGGCCUGAAGAUAUUGAUGAUAUUGACCUCCCCAAGAAACCCGGCGAAAUCGGCGUCAUUCGCCGCAUGUUUCUCGACCCGACGGCCUCCCACCUUCUUAUUUGCACGGCGCUCGGCGAAAACUAUUACCUCCACUCCCAGCAUAAACAUCCGCGAGCCUUGGCCCGGCUACGGGGCGUCUCGAUUGAGAGCGUUGCCUGGAAUCCUUCACUGCCGACGGCAUCGACUCGGGAGAUUCUCCUCGGCGCCGCCGACGGCAACGUCUAUGAGGCAUUCAUCGAAACCACUUCCGAGUUCUAUAAGAAGGACAUCAAGCUCAAGAACCUACACAAGCUACCCGAUGGACCUAUCACGGGCCUUUGGGCCGACACACUACCUGGACGGUCCGACAUGCGUCGGGUCAUGAUUGCAACGCAGGGUCGGCUGUUUCAUCUGGCUGGCAAGGUCGGCAGCGGCCACGACAGCGGCGGCUCCAUCUACACGAAGCUGUUUGAGUCAGAACAGCCAACGAUCCACGAGCUGUCGCGCGCGUCUGGCGCUGCGACGUCGGCCCUGGUGGUCUCGCCCGAUCCGCCCGACCGGAACCCCUACGAAGAGGAGUCGCAUGAGAGAGCCUAUGCGUGGCUGUCGGCACAGGGCGUGUUCCACGGACAGCUCGACUCCAGCGCGGAAGGCAACAAGAUUUUCAACGAGUCCAACAUGCUGCCUCGCUCGCAGCUUGGCUCGUCCAACGGCUCCAACAAACGCAACCCUACGACGGACUAUAUUGACGCUAUCGCGCUGACGCAAUGGCAUAUCGUCAGCCUAAUCGGCGGCCGCGUGGUAGCCACCAAUCGCCUGACUGGGGAGGUCGUGUACGACCAGAUCGUCCUCGAACCGGGGCAGAAGGCUGUGAGCCUGUCCGUUGACCUGCAAAAAAAUACCUUCUGGAUGUUCACCGCCCAGGAGAUUUUCGAGGUUGUCGUGAGGGACGAAGAUCGUAAUAUCUGGCAAAUUAUGCUCAAGCUGCGGCAGUUCGACGCAGCGUUGCAGCACGCAAAGACACCGGCACAAAGGGAAACUGUUGCGACCGCGUACGGUGACAACCUCGUAGUCAAGCGACAGUUCAUGGAGGCUGCUUCGGUAUACGGACGCAGCAACAAGCCGUUCGAAGAAGUGGCCCUCACGUUUAUCGACAAUGCUGAGCCCGAUGCUCUGAGGACGUACCUCCUGGCCAAGCUGGGCACGUUGAAGAAGGCGGCCAUCAUGCAGAGGGUUAUGAUAGCGAGUUGGCUGGUAGAGAUAUUCAUGGCGAGGCUCAAUUCGCUGGAUGACACCAUCAUCACCCAAGCGGAACUGGCCGACGGCCUCAACCCCGCGCAGUCGAGGGAGCAGCUUCGCGCCGUCCAGGGCGAGUUUCAGGACUUUGUCAACAAGUACAAAUCCGACCUCGACCGGCGGACGGUUUACGACGUGGUCAGCAGCCAUGGCCGGGAACAGGAGCUGCUAUACUUUGCCAACGCCGUCAACGACUACAACUACGUCCUCUCGUACUGGGUCCAGCGCGAGAGGUGGCCCGAGGCGUUGACGGUCUUAAAGAAGCAGACCGACCCAGAUGUGUUCUACCGGUACAGCACUGUGCUUAUGACGCACGUUGCCUCGGACCUGGUCGAGAUCCUGAUGCGCCAUUCCGAUUUGAAGCCUCGCAAGCUGAUACCCGCGCUUCUGGAGUACAACCGUAAUUUCGAGGGGAGCCCGGCGCAGAACCAAGCCGUCAGAUACCUGCAGUACGUCAUCAACCAGCUGAACUCAAAAGACUCGGCGGUACACAACACGCUGGUGUCUAUCUACGCCCAGACCUCAAAGGACGAGGCCGGGUUGCUGUCGUAUCUUGAGUCGCAGGGUGAUGAGCCCAAUUUCGACCCCGACUUUGCUCUUCGACUAUGCAUUCAGCAUCACCGGACGCUGUCGUGCGUACAUAUCUACACCAGUAUGGGCCAGUACCUCCAGGCCGUCGAUCUGGCGCUGUCGCACAACGAGGUGGACCUGGCGUCCGUGAUCGCAGACCGGCCAAUGUCGAACCCACCCUUGCGGAAGAAGCUCUGGCUCGCCGUCGCUCGCAAGGUGAUUUCCCAAUCGAACGGCAUCAAGACGGCCAUCGAAUUUCUGAAGCGGUGCGACCUACUCAAGAUCGAGGAUCUCAUCCCCUUCUUUCCCGAUUUCGUCGUCAUCGACGACUUCAAGGAAGAGAUUUGCACCGCGCUAGAGGACUACAGUCGCAACAUUGACGGGCUGAAGAAAGAGAUGGACGAGUCUUCCCAGACGGCAACGAACAUCAAGGUCGACAUUGCCGCGCUGGAUCACCGAUAUGCCAUUGUCGAACCGGGGGAGAAGUGCUACGUAUGCGGCUUGCCACUGCUCAGCCGGCAGUUCUUCGUCUUCCCAUGCCAGCAUUCCUUCCACUCAGACUGUCUGGGCAAGAGAGUGUUAGAGCAGGCCGGUGUAGGUACGAGCAAGAGAAUCCGGGAGCUUCAGGUGCAAAUCAGUAAGGGUUUGGUCAACGGAGCGAAGAGGGAGGCCAUGAUUACCGAGUUGGACUCGCUGGUGGCAUCGGCAUGCAUUCUUUGCAGCGAAUUUGCCAUCAAGAGGAUCAAUGAACCGUUUGUCACGCCGCAGGAUAACCUUAACGAGUGGAAGAUUUAA